AUGGCGGAGCGGAGCCGAGGCGCUCGGCGGCGGCUGCUGCUGCUGCUGCUGCUCCUGGCCGGCUCCGCCGCCAGCCCGGCGGAGGAGGGCGGCGGGCGGCGGGAGGCGGGCGGCGGGGAGCACGGCGAGGAGGCGGCGCGGCACCACGACUCCUCGUACGGCACCUUCGCCAGCGAGUUCUACGACCUGCGCUACCUCUCCGAGGAGGGUUACCCUUUCCCUACUGCUCCUCCUGUGGACCCAUUUGCAAAAAUCAGAGUGGAUGACUGCGGAAAAACCAAGGGAUGCUUCAGGUAUGGUAAACCUGGAUGCAAUGCAGAGACUUGUGACUACUUUCUAAGUUACCGUAGAAUAGGAGCUGAUGUUGAAUUUGAGUUGAGUGCCGACACAGAUGGCUGGGUGGCAGUGGGAUUUUCCUCAGACAAGAAAAUGGGAGGAGAUGAUGUUAUGGCUUGUGUUCAUGAUGAUAAUGGAAGAGUCCGAAUACAUCACUUCUAUAAUGUUGGUCAGUGGGCUAAAGAAAUCCAGAGAAAUCCUGCUAGAGAUGAGGAAGGGGUUUUUGAAAACAAUCGGGUAACGUGUCGAUUCAAGCGUCCUGUCUAUGUUCCCCGAGAAGAAACCAUCGUGGAUUUGCACUUGAGUUGGUACUACCUGUUUGCUUGGGGUCCAGCAAUCCAGGGUUCUAUAACUCGUCAUGAUAUCGACUCUCCACCCGUGUCAGAGCAUGUUGUCAGUAUUUACAAGUACGAAGAUAUUUUCAUGCCUUCAGCUGCCUAUCAGACCUUUUCUUCUCCAUUCUGCUUGCUCCUCAUUGUUGCACUGACCUUCUAUUUAUUGAUGGGAACCCCAUGACCAAUGGAAAAUAGCAAGAAUUUGGCAGUGGAAGUUUCUCAGGAUGGACGGCUAUAUGGAUGGACAAUGCAUUUUUUUUUUUGGAAUUUAUAUCACAUCACCAUCCUCAUCUAGCUGCUUUUGAACAUAGUUAGCUUCUCAGAAGAGUGAAAUACUCAUCUUCCUUGAGUAGCAGAGUGGUGACAAAUCAAUUAAGAAAAUCAGUGAAUACAUAGGAGAAUAUUUUCAGUGUUGUGAUUACUUGCUUAAGGAAAAUGAGACUUUUGUAAAUUCAGUGUGUGUGUGUUUGGGAUGGGUGCCUCUAUGUGUGUUUAGGUGAAUUUAGUGAUGGACAUCUUAUCAGAUAACAAAAUUGCCUUCCAUAUUGCUACAAAAAAGCAAAUUUGGGAAAACAUUGCAAUGCUGUUUGGUACUUCUAGAGCAGAGAGCACAUCUCCAAGUACAGUUCCUAAUCUUAAGAUCUGGAAACCAACACAGCAGUAUAAAACCUGUCCUUCAGUAGUGGAUAGUUCUCCCAAUUUCUUUUUUUUUUUUUUUUUUUUUAAUAUUUAUCAAAGUGUACUUGCUAUAGUACUUUCCAAAACUAAACUUGCAUAUUCAAGCAUUAGCAUGAUUUUUUUUUUCAACAGAAAGAGGUGAUGAAUGUCUUUAUUGUAUUUCAAUAGCCUUUUUGGAAGAAAUACCUACUUCUUUAAAGAGUGAGGUAUAAAGUUAUUUAAACAAGGGGAAGGGAGAAUACAGCAAUAUAAAUUCUCCAUACAUAGGAAAACCAGGUGUAAAACAUGUAGAAUAUAAAAGUUCCCAACAAGCCAUAGGAUGUCCUCCUCAUAGAUUAAAUCAUUUUUUCUCUUUUUAUGAAAAAAAGAUUUGCUGUCAUGUAAAUAUAUUUUUAAGUAAUUGUGCAGUAGUAUGAAGUAAUCUCUUCUUCUGUGUUGUAUGUCACUAAAUCCUGUUCAUGAUAAGGGUGACUGUGGGCAGCUGGUGUUAUCUUACAAAGAAAUAUAAAUGAGAUUACUUGUAAGGAAAGACAGGGAUUAAUAAGAACAGCAGUAUCUUUCGUUCAUCAAACCACUGCUAAAAUAUAGGUAUUGUGGAAAAACGAUGGGCUAAAAAGGAAAUACAUUAGCUGUUUUUAUCACCAAUAAAUAGUACAAGAGGAAUGCUAAAUAUUACAGAGAUGAAAAGUGUCAAAAUGCAUUAUGAGCCACAGAAUAUAAUAAAAAAUUGGAGUGAAGAAUUUCUGUUCUUCACAUAAUAGGAAGUGUAUGACAUGUUUACAAAUGUGUUUAG